CCAGCGACAACAAUGAGACGGCGGUAAUCCGACACCCGGGCCGCGCGGAUCAAACAGGUUACCACGCGAUGACAGCGGACGCCGUGUGGACCCGGACGGGCACUUUUACUGAACUUUCCAGCCUCUGCGGCAUCUGCGGCAGCCAGGUGUAAUAAAAGCGGCGUCCUCCGCUCGGCCCCCGGAUGUCUAAACUACCGGGAAGCGCAGGUGUGUCUCUGCUCGGGGACAAGUCCCUGGAGUUCUACCGGGACCCGGUGGGCUUCUGCCGCCAGCGGACCGACAAGCACGGCGGCAGAGUGUUCCACAGCCGGCUGCUCAACAGACCCACCGUGCUGGUGUGCUCCGUGCGGGGCAUGCGGGAGCUGCUCGGGGAGAAGUCCGGGGUAUUUCUGAAGGAUCCAACUGAUCUGAUGACCAACGUGUAUGGUGACACCGUUGUUACCACUAAUGGUGAGGAGGCAUGCCUUCUCCGCCUUUCCUUCAACAACCUGUUCACAGGACAGUGUCUGCAGUCAUCAAGUGAUUAUAUCACCAGAGUGUGUGAACGCCGGCUGAAGGACAUCUCCAUCAGGGGGAAGCCGGAGUGUGUAUACUCUCUCUUUAAGCUGUUGGGAACAGAGCUGGUCUUAGGCCUCUUUCUGAACGUUCGGGCGGACGAGCAGCCCGAACUCUUCCAGGAAAUCAUGCAGCUCUGCACCGAACACUGGCACGGUCUGAUCUCUGCACCGGUGAACGUGAAGGUUCCUCUGUGGUCGUCGGGCUUCUCCACGGCUCUGGAGGCCCGAGAUAAACUGAUGGACAUCAUCAAAGACAAGCUGCAGAACGACAGAGAGGGGUUCGUGGGCUCCCUCGGGUCUUUGCCUCUGCCCGACUCCAGCUGUGCCGCCCAGCAUCUCCUGCUGUUCAUCUCCGCUCUGAUCCCCAAAGCUCUGGCGUCGCUGCUCACCUCCUUCACACUGGCGCUCAGCGGGAACCAGCAGGUGGAAGCUCGCCGUCAGGCGUUGGAAGACCCCGAUUACCUGCACAGAGUCCUGCUGGAGGUGCAGAGGUUAUGGCCCCCGUUUAUCGGUGGACGCAGGAUAGCUGAAGAGGACUGCACCCUCGCAGGGUUUCACGUCCCCAAAGGCUACGGCGCCGUCUAUAUCAGCCACGCCGUCCACCGGGACCCCGAGGUGUUUCAGCAGCCCGACGCCUUCCUGCCGGAGAGAUGGAGCGGAAGAAACGCCGGCCAGGAGCAUUUCCUGUGUUCAUUUGGUAACGGGCCCAGAAACUGCAUCGGAGUGAAACUCACCAACGUGUUCCUCAAGGAGGCAUGCACGUACCUGCUGAAGCACUACGACUGGUGUCUGGAUCCUCCGUCGCAGGAUCUGGAGUACAAGUGGCUGCCCGUGUCCCGCCCCGCCAACCCCCCCAGCGUCUCCUUCACCCGGCUGGAGGACGCCGGCAGGGACGCCCCCGACCAGCGCUCGGCCCGGUAACCACACCUCUCACGGGCAGAGGGAAGCCAGCGGGCCGAGGCGGCCGCCCUCCUGCCGUGCACAGCAGCGAUCGUAGCGGGGAACGCCGAGCACACCGCUUUCCCCCUGCCUCAUAUCGGGCAGCUUCCAGACGAGAUACACAAGCACAUCGUUUAAAUCCAACCAGUUAUCUGAUUCAAACAUGCUCAAUGCUUUUAGCAGUUCAUAUUUUGGGUACUUUUUAGCGAUAUGCAGUAGAACAGUGGCCAACAGAUCAAUUGAAUGUAAAAGCAAAUAAUUUGCUGAAGGCCAGUAGCAUGAUAUUUUUUUAAAUGUAACAAAGGAAAUAAAUGCAAUGUUACCUGAAUAUUAUAUGAUUGAAGUAGCAUUAAAAAUCCAUCGCAGAUGUAUAAAGUGCAAGUAAAAUCCAAGACAAGUAACUUAAUGCUGACAGUUAAUAACUCCAUAAUAUAACACAUCAAAAAUAAGUUUAAAUAGCUAUAUUUUCACAAUCAUUCAUAAAAGAUGCAUGUGUACAUUUUGAGGAGUUCAUUAUGUUAUUGGAAGGUUGUGGCAUUUAAAAUGGACCAAGUUAUUCAAAUAUUCGUUUCUGUAAGAUUUCCAGUUGGAUAGAAUAAGCAGGAAAUGUGUGAAUUCAUCUUUUCUCAUUCAAUCUGAAUGUCCAACAUAGGAGGUGACUUCCAGGUGGGGUUGUUUUCCUCUUUAUACAUUUCUUUGCAAUGUAAACAGAGAUUCAAACAACCAGUGAAACCAGCUCGGAUGAGCUUCACAUUUAGUUGAUAUACAGAGAGAUAUUUCCCCUCGAUGCUCUCGGAUUCUUCAACAUCCACACAUGAAAACAGAAGAAACCCCUCAGAUUCCAGCACAGACUGCAAACCUGUGAAACCCCCCUUUGCACACACACUCACACACACUCACACUCACACUCACACCCCCCCCCCACAGCCUCUCCACCACCUAGCAACCACCACUGCUUAGCAACAGUUCGUCAUACCUACACUGACUUGCCUCCUCUUAGUAUGCAAGGCUCAUCCUACACACACACACACACACACACACACACACACACACACACACACACACACACACACACACACUAGUCAGAAACUACAAAAUCAGUCUUUAAGAUUUGAUUAGAAUCUGUCAUAAAAAAAGAGAAAAAGAUAUGAAAUUGAAUUUCUUGUUUCAUGUGUUUCUUCCAUACUUACUCCUCUGUUCGUCUUCCAGUUCUCCGCUGUUCUCAGCUGCUACAUGAGUUUUGUGUUGAUUGGUUUGAACUGCAUGUCUGAUCGGACAAACAUGCUUUAAAUGUGAGACCUGCACACUGUUCAAAAACAAGAAAUGUGAUUGUUUUAUUAUUAUAAUGAGAUUAGAAUACAAGCCGAACUAAUUUUUUUAACAUAAAUAAGUGAAAUUCAACUAUUUUUAGUGGGAAGUUAUUUAUAUAUCUACUUGUAAAGAAUGUAAAUUAAACAAA